AUGACGGCCAGAGUCAGGAGAGAGUGUGUGAGGUUCCAGUUGAGCGAAGAUCUAUCCUCUCAACUUCAAGUCAUUUGGGAGCAUAAGGUCUGGAAAUUGUUCGACUAUGACUUCGGCGAAGCCAUGGAUGAGGUUCCUGCUCGCCCUGAGUAUCAGCUGCUGCAGGACGAAGCCAUUUUAUUCAAUGCGUUGCAAUCCAAGGAUUUUGACGAUGAGCAAGGCGAAGAAGAAGCCUAUAGUGAUGACGAAGACGAAGAUACUGAUUCAAUGUUCGGAUACGACGAAGGCGACUGUGACAACUCCGAGGUUGCAAGCAACCCAGCCGAAGCCGAUGAGAACCACCAUGCCGAUCGAGCUUCGAAGAUGUGGGAUGAGUCCGACACGGUUUAG